AGAUAGUGCACAUAACAACAACAACAACAACAAAAAAAAUCAUCAAUCGGAUCCUCUCAAGACAAAAAAUCCCAAGAAUCCGAAAACUCUCGCAACGAAAAGUCACGAAGCUCGUCCUCAUCUUCAUCUUGAACACAAGAGAAACAAGAUUGAAGACUCUCACCUCUUUCUCCUCUCACCAAGAAUCAACGCCUCCUCCCUCUGAGCAACCAACUCCGUCAGCGAUAUCUCUCCGCCGCCCUCUCUCACCGCAACGCGUUCCUUCUCACUCUCUUCUCCAAUAGGUCAUUAAAAAAUGCUUCGUCGGAGUAGUCGGCUUAGCAGAAGGCAGGAUAGAAUAAGUGAAAUUCCUGAUGAAGUUCUCACACAUAUUCUGUCUUUUCUAACCACCAGAAGUGCUAUAGGCACUUCUUUAUUGGCCAAAAGAUUCCGCGGUGUAUGGUUAAACGUGGAAAGCAUUGUUGUUAUGGGAGAAUAUGUCUCGGACCAUAUAUCUGACCAUCGUCUUAAAAGAUUUAUCGACCAUGUUAUGGAAAAAAGAGAAGAGGCAGCUCCUGGGGAAUUUCAUCCCAUCAAAUCUUUUUGCUUUGAAGUUAAAUACUUUGCGAGGGAUAUGGCAUUAGGACUUAGCCACUUGGCAAGUUGGUUAACUAUCUCGAUAAAAAAAAAUCUCCAAAAUCUUCGAUUACAUAUGAAGAGCAUAUCUUGUUAUAAUGUGAUAUAUCCUAUGUUGCCUAUGGCGGUGUCUGGUUGCAAGGGGUUAGUUGACCUCGAACUAGUUCAUUUUAGUUUAGUAGGCUUUUCAUUUGACGGUAUUGAGUUUUCGUUGCUGCAAAAUCUGGUCUUGAAACUAGUUUUGUUUGACUCAAAAAGUUUUUUAGCAUUCCUUGCUAAAUGUAAAGCUGUUAAAAAACUCAAAUUAAUUGGCAUAGACUUGUCUUUUGAGAAAGACAAGUCUUUUGAGAAAGACAGUACCGAAGACUUCAGCAUUGAUCCACUGCCAAAAUUAAAUAGCGCAGUUUUUUCAGAAUGUUCGCUUCACAACUUUCCAUUUCAACUACUAGCCCUUUCGGAAUCCCUCCAUUUUUCAUGUGAAGACUUUAAUCCAUACAAACUCAUUGAGGACGGAAGCGCAAUGGCGUUUUUACAAAUUCCAACAUUUGAACGUUUGAAGUCUUUGAAUUUCAAAGGGACGAGGGACUCUGUGCUACAAAUCUUAAGUUGCAGCCCCAACCUUCAGAUUUUAAUUUUCACUCAGGAUAGCUUUGCCACUGAAUGGAACGGGGAGGAUGACGGAAAUUUUGUGAAACCAGACAAUAUUCCAAAAUGCAUGUCAUCCAUCACAAACUGUAUUGUACAAUCUAUCAUAACAACUAGAGAUAUGUCAUUGCUUAACUACCUUUUGGGGAACGCAGUGAACCUCCGAACCUUAGAUAUUGGUAUUGAAAAAGGAAAAUCAAAAAGCAUUUCAGAAAAAGAUCUGUCAGACACAUGGAAAGCAUCUAGAAUCUGUGAAGUUACAUUCUCUUAAGGUUUUAGAGAUGAGAAAGAGUAGUGUUGUCAUUUUUGGGAGAAAACAAGAUUUGAAGAGAAAGAGGCAAGACUAUGGAAAAGAAGAAGGAGCUUGAAGAUUUUCAUCCAUGGUGUCAAUUGAAGAUGCAAUUAGAGACCCAUUAAGUUGCUUCCAUUGAAUAAGGUAAGGGUGGGAUUCUCUUCCUAUAAUGGGGCUCAUGAACAAUUGUAUGUUGGGGAUUAGGGAUUUAGGUUAUUCAUUUAUUGUGUUGAAUCUGUUUAUGGGUGUUGUUUGAAAUUGUUGUGUUGACUGUUUUUCUGGAAAUUGAAAUUAUGUCGUUGCUGUACAUAUCAAUAUAUGAAUGGUUCUAAAACUACUAUGCCUUUGUAUGAUUCUGUUUGUUGCUCAGGUGCUGUUAACGUGGGUUUGCCGAGUGACUCUCCCAUUAGACUAUUACUCCAUUUUGUUUUAUGCAAUUUUGAUAAGUGCUGCAUAAUGUUUUCUUGCUGGUUGCCUACUGUAUUAGCUAUUAAACCAAUGAUUGAAUUUGUUAGAAUAUAUAUGAGCCCUCUUAUGUGCUUGCUUUUAUUAUGUUAAUUAAUUAAUGAUUGAAUGUGUUAGAAUAUAUAUAAGCCUGUUAUGAGCUUGCUUCCAAUGUUAACUAAUAUAUAUAAUGGAUAUGGCCAUUACGAAAUGGAAAUAUAAUUGAACAGUAGAGACAAUAAAUUGGAAACCAGUAGAAUUAAAGAAUGGUGAAGUAUGUAUAGUGAAUAGAACAAAUUCCUAGUUAACAUUAGUAAUUAUAGAAUUAAUAAAUAGUUCCGUUUGAUCAAAAUAGUCGAAUUAAGCGGUAUGAUUAGAUGACCGGAAUUUGAUGAAAAUCGACGUGGUAGCUAAAUUUAAUUAGUAGAUUAACAUGGUGGUGUUAUUUUGUUGAAAUUGUGAUAUUUUACGAAUCGACUGAAAUUGUAUUUGGUUUAAAUAUUCUUUAUAAAUAAAUUAUAAUAAUUUAAUAGAAUUGUCAAUAGAGUUGUUAGAGUUGUCAAUAGAGUUGUUAGAGUCGACAAUAAGUUGUCAGAGUUGUUUUGAAUUAUUAAGAGUCAUAUUUUUAUUUGUUUUGAGUAAUUCUGACAUGUUUAGAGUUGUCAGUGUAUAACGUCGGUGUUUGUUUUUUUAUUGGAACUUUAACAAUUCAUAUCUUUUGAACCGUAACUCCGUUUGAGUCUUCGUUCGAGGCGUUAGAAAGCUAGCGUGAUAUUCUUUUCAAUAAAAAUGGUUUUGAGCAAUAGAAUGCUAGAAAUUGGAAAUGGAGUAGAAAUUGAAGUGAAUUAAAUUAAUAUAGUUUGAUAUUAAUUGGUUAAAUUAAUAGUUAAAUUAAUUGCAAUGAGUUUAAUUGAUUGGAAUAUACUUGAAGUUGGAUCAAUCAUUCGGUUUGUCGGUAAAUUACGGUAUUUUGAGGAUUCGUCCGUAAUUGUGUUUUGACUUGAAUAUGUAUGUUGAGAAUAAUAUAUGUAUAUGUCAUGAUGUUGUGUGUCGCUACCGCGAAAAUUAACAGAGUCGCCACUAACAUAUUUAUCCUGAAAAGGAAGGGAAUGCCAGCAAACCACAAAACAAAACAACGGUCUCACGACCAGAGAAAAGGGUAAGGGAGUCGGUUACGCGAGGGGAAGGUGUUAGCACCCCACGCGCCCAUCGUACUCGAUGGUAUCCACGCUUGUGUCUAAAUCUAUGGGUGUGUAACAAAUCUACGCUAAUCUGGACUAAAAUGAAUGCAGAAUGUAGGGAAAAGAAAGUGUUAUGCUCGCACGGGCCCUACCCCGCUGCCUACGUAUCUGUUUUGCAGAAUCAGAGCUACCGUAGCUCGGCUAACUAAUUUUGUUUGUUUUGUGUUUUUUAGGUGAACAAGUUACAUUCACACUCCGCUGCUCGACCUUUGGAGACUUAUGCUGGGAAUGGAGCGGAAAUAACAAGCUCUUAAGAAAAGAAAAUCAAAGAGUGUGGUUUGUGUUUUAAAGAAUGCAUGAGGAAGACCUAAGCUAAGGGGGAAAGCUUGCUACCUAAUGUUAUCAUACAAAGGGUACAAGUCUAAGCUAAACUAGCAACCUACGCGAAAAAAGGGGAAGCACACAAUAAUAUCACACAAACGAGCAUCCGCUCGUAAAGCAAACAAAACCAACGGUACUGACCGAAUGGUAGAAAAGCGGUCCCGCCAUAGCCAAGGGGAGCAGCUCAACCCAAGUCAACCAAGCAUUAGACCUCGCGAAAAUGAUCGGGCCAUAGACAAGAGGGCGGACCCCUCUCAGCAACCAAGCCGUCACGGAUCGUAAAGGAAAACGGUGCGUGUGUACACCGAGCAUCAACGUCGAGUGACAUGAGCUAUAGGAAAGGCGGGGGUCCGGCUACAUGAACCCUUUUCCUGACAUACUCGAUAACAAGAUCUUUUGCACGUUCGGAAGCGAGCAACGCGAGGCGUGCGCAUACUGAACAGACUCGAUGAGACUAGGCGGGGGUUGAUUACGAACCCUUGACCGCAUGCCUUCCAUGAGGACUUAACGGAGUGCCAUAUAGGACUUAUUACACCGUGACUCCCUGCCGCAAAGCACAAAUGUAAACACACCAACAAAAACAGAGCCUCUUUCGAGGGCUUGGCCAGAUGCAUGUCUAGGUCCUACUUCUCAUGUUAAAGGAUGAUGCGAGAAAGCGAUAAAGUACAGAAAGAAGUAAAAUGAAACGGAAUCAAUACCAAACGGAUGAUGAUCCGUAAACUAAAACGAAGAGAGCGAGUAAACUAGGAUCCCGCGAGCGAGCUAGCAAAAGCAACAGCAAACAUGUCAGCACUCCGAUUAAAAUCCGCAUAAGCAAUCAAGAAUCGGCGCGAUGAAAAUAAAUCACGCGCCAACGUGUGCAUCGGGCACAACGAAUACCAUACACCUGCAAGGGAAACAGAAGUCCGGACAAGCAAGUAUAAUGAUAAAGGAUGCGUGUAGAAACGCGAAUCAGAGAGAGGAUAAAUGUCGUGUCCCGCAAAUAAAGCGGAACACGAGAGCGGGCAUCGACCAGAGCCUCCAUGUUGCCUUGCAUACUAGCACACACGUUAGAGAUAACAAGACACCGCAAUCGGAAUUGCGUUAUUGAAUUAUAAGCUGAACCGGAAAUGGAUAACAGAAUAGAAAGUGAAAACAUAACAAAAGCAAACAAGAAGAAACAUGAGAUAGUAUUCAAGAGCAAAUCAAAUAUGUACACUAAAACUACGGAAGCCAACACAAGUAUUUACAUGCACAACGGUACACCGAAACGUCGAAACCGGGUAAAAAUGAUAAAAAACUAAACUUGUCGGAAUUAAACCAAAAUUUUAUGGUAAGCUAGAAACGUGCCAAAGAACUCAAAUAUGCGGUCGGAAUUUAUUAAAUCGGCUCGGAAGCACGAUUUCCGAAACGGGACAGUAGCGAAAACGAUAAAAAAAGUCGUCCGAAACCGAGAAUAAACCUCACCAUCAGCUCUGGAAGCAUUAUUCUACUCAAGAAACAUUAUUCACAUUCGCAAAAAUUCAACACGGUUCAAGAGUUAUGACAUUUUGAAGUAAAGCCGACACACCGCGCGAGUUAUGGAAAAAUUCGGAAAGAAAGAAAAUAGCAUGGUGUAGCAGCAAGUUCCAGCACUUAGAGGCAUUUAUUAACACACAAGAAAGCUCUACUAUCACUUAGAAUUAACAAACAAACAACACAAUAAAGUUUAGACAAAAAUCCUUCAAAAAAACUAUGUUUUCAUGAGUUGAAAAUAAUGAAAUGCAACACCAAUACAAAGCCAAGAAAAUUCUGCAUUAUGCUACCUUUAAAACAGCCCCAACAACUCAUAGAAGUCACACAUAAACACCAAGAAAUGACUCAUGGCAAUUGGCUCAAAGUAUAUUAUUGGCAAGAGCGAAGAUAACAUAGAAUCAUGAUUUUCAAGAGUGUAAUCACUACAAUUCUCCACAUUAAACUCACAUUUGUGCACCAAGUAUAUUCAACUUCAAUCAUUAUCAUCAAGCACAACAACAACAAGAAUCAACCUCAAAAAUUCAGCAUCAUGCUCAUGGUUAUAACCUCUCAUGUCAACACCAAUUAUCAUGCUUAAGUUGAAAUUCACAUUCUAAAAUUGAACCAAACAAGUCCUACUUCUAAAAUUCAUCCACAUGCACCUUAAUUCACAACAACUCAAUAUUAUCAAACCAUCACAAUUCUCUUAAUCAAAUCAUCAAACACUUUGUGUGCAUAUAUUUAAUUCAUAGAGCAUUAUCAAUAUAUCAUCAACAACUAUUCACCGGUAAAUCUCGAAUUCAAUCAAAUAAUCAAGAUCAACACGAAUCAUUCAAUCAACAAACAAUUAUCAUCAUCAAUUAUCAUAGAUCCAUCAUCCGCAAUCAAACAUCAUCAUCAAUUAAUCAAGAACAAAGCAUGAAUCUAGAUUUGAAUUCACAUAAUGAUCAACAAUUAAGCACUUAAUUCAAGAUCCGAAAGCUUACCGGAUGAAGAUCUAAACCGACGCGCGAACACCAACACGACACGAACGCAAACGCGAAGCAAAGACGAAAAGUGAAUCCCAAGGGGAGAGAGAGGCGCGCGCGAAGUGUAUAGGAGAGAGGAGGAGAAACUUCGAUCCGAUCUUCACUUUUCAAUCCAUGUUGUUUUUUAUUCUUGAAGAAGAUUGAUGAAUAUUGAUGAAAGUUUUGUGUAAUUUGUGGUUUUGAUUUGAGAGAAAUGAGAGAGAAUUGAGAGAAAGUGUUUUUGAUUAUUUUGGGUGAAUUGAAGUUAUGAGAGUCCUCCCCCUUGAUUUGUGAAGAGCAAAAUGUUUAUAUAUUGUCAACGCGAAAUGUCCAAAUUGCCCUCGGUGCGUCUCAUUUGGCUCGCUUUUAAGGAAACUCGGUUCGGCUCUGAAUUCCGGAACGAAACCGAUGCCAUUAUGAAGAUGACCAAAUUUGUGAUCCGUCGCCGCGAGAAUCACCUUAAUCCGAUAAGCGAUGAAGAAAAUACGCCUGUUUGAAUGACGAGAAACGUUGAUUCAUCUGGCGCGACUGUGCGAAAUUUUGUGAGUACCGCUCAAAGAACUCGAUAAAAACCUAUCUUCGGCUCAGAAUCUGAACAGGCAUGUGUGACGAAGAAUCGAAGCUAACGAAAUUUCUGAGAGAAUGCCGCCGGAAUGGACUUCAUACGAUAAAAAUCGAAGAAGUUAUGAAUUUUCGAACUCGGCGCGACAUGCUCGAAAACACACUUUUCACUGAAAAAUCAAGGCGUUCUUCAAAAUGCUGGGAAUUUUUGGUGCAUAAUUGGUCUUCGGUCCGAACAUAUAAAAUCUUGGUAAUGAUGACACGGAGCUCCAGUUAAAUUUUCAAGCGAAUCCGACGAGCGGAUUGUGAGAUAUGAAUUUUUUAUUGUCCGAAAACCCUACAUUCAGCACCGUUUUUCACUGCGAAACCUCAAGUAAUUUGCAAAUUUGACGACCUUCUUCAAAGAAUUAGCUUCCGAGCCGAACACGAAAGUUGUAGACAUCGUCGAAACAGUCAAGAUAACGCGGGAACUAAGCUCAUAUCACCUUCCAAAUAUGACUUGCGAAUUUUUUCUCGUAUUUCCACUGUUUAAACCAUUUUUCACGCCUUUCUUCUUGAACCCAUGAAAACUCUUUAUUAUUUUUCUUCAAUUUUUGAAUGACGAAAUAAACGUCAUUAUUAACUUAUAGCUCAAAUAAAGAGGGCAAAUUUUGGGGUGCAACAGCUGCCCCUAUUCAAACUUCUUGAACCUGACGAGCGAGAAACGAAAGUUUCGAACCGUUGAGGUGGAAGGAGAUUGAAUACCAGAAUGAACUCGAAAAUUUGCGCUCUUGAUCAAUAAAAGAUUCCGUCUUGUGAUAAGAAGGAAUGUACCACCCCGCAAGCAGGGAGAAAAAACUUCAAUUGACCUGAAUAAUUAAAUAAGCUCCAACUUGCGAUAAGAAGGAACAGAUAACCCCACAGGCAGGGGAAAAGACUUCAAUUGAUCUGGGCAUCAAAAGAAGUAACAUCUCGGCUGAUCUGGGCAUCAGGCGUAGCAGAUGUCUUCCGAACAGGAAUCGGGGAUAGAUGUCUAAGUCGAUCUAGGGAUCGAAAUGAGAUAUUCCGGCUGAUCUGGGCAUCAACGGGUAGUAAAUAUCUCUGGUCUGGGCACCAAGGCGACAUCUCCAUCUGAUGCAAUUAAAUCAUCAGGCAGAUAUUCCAACUGAUCUGGGUAUCAGCGGCUUGCUCCUUCGUAAGAUCGACGAGAUCCGGAGGCGGUUCCCUCAACCGAAAGUCUGGUUUAUCAGGAAUAGGAACAAUAUCUCUUCCGAACUGUGUACGCCGGGAAAGGAAGUCUUUAACUGAUCUAGGCUCGAUGCUAGAAAAUAAGUAGAACAAUCCUCUUCUGAAUGACAAAGUCAAUCAGGUAGAUAUCUCCAUCUGAUCUGGGUAUCAGUGGCUUGCUCCUUUGUAAGAUCGAC